UGAAGUGAACUAGUGAAGAGGGCUGGCUGGCUGGCUAGUUUCAGGAGAUUUAUCUUUUCCUUUGUUUUAUGUAUUUAUGCUUCACUUGGAAUGGAUGUGGGCUGGGAGCCCGGGAGUCCCUUCCAGGCAUCCUUUGAAAUCAAUUGCCUAGGAAGGAGUAGAUGCCCAGACCAGAUGUAGUAGCAGACCGUUGCACAGGCAUACCUCGUCAGACAUGCAUGCAGUCUCUCCCUCUCUCUCACACGCGCGUGCAGCAGUCUGGAGGUAGUAGUCAGUGGCCAGUCACUCAAAGGCAGAUCUAUUCUAGUCUAGCGAUCUAGAACGACACUAGAUGGCAUGGCAGGCAAAUUGGGAAUAACACCCCCCCCCCCCUCCCCCCUCUCUCUCUCAAUCUCAUCCGUCCCUCCUCCCACUUUGAGCUGAGCUGAGCAGCAGCUGGAGCUGAGACUGCUGAGAGCUCACUCCCCACCACAAACAACAGACGGAUCCCAUCCCAAACAAAAGAAAGAGAGAGAGAGAGAGAGAGAUCGAUCGAUCCAUCGUCUACUCUAGCAUGAGAUGAGAUGAAAUACAGAUAAGGAAGGAAGAGCACUUCCAUCCGUUCCAGCUCCAGCUUUUCCAUCUCAUCUCAUCUCACCUUUUUGUUUUGGCCGGCAAGGGAAGGAUUCCCCCCGCCCCUCCCCGCCUGCUGCAUCGCAUCUAUGGACUCCGCCGCGCGCCCCGACGAGGAGGAGGCGCGCCGCCGCCGGAGCACCGACUGCAUCUACUUCCUCGCGUCCCCGUUGACCUGCAAGAAGGGAAGUGAAUGCGAGUUUCGCCAUAGCGACGCUGCCAGGAUGAAUCCCAGGGACUGUUGGUAUUGGUUCAAUGGCAACUGCGCCAAUCCUAAAUGCUCAUUUAGGCACCCGCCGUUGGACAACCUGCUCGGAGCACCAACAACUCCACGGGCUCCUCAACAGCCUGCACAGCAAGUUUCUGUUCCAGCUCAAGCCCAUGGCUCUAUUCCUGCCAAGCAGGGUGUUCCGUGCUAUUACUUUCAGAAAGGCAUGUGCGCAAAAGGGGACAGGUGUGCCUUCUCGCACGGCCCACAGCCUGCUGGGAACCCUGCUCCACAGCCGCCACCGGCUGCCAAGAUCUUUGCUCCUGCUUUGCAGCCUAAUUCUCAAUUGAAGAACUCGUGGACAAAACCCAACUCUUCAGGCCAACAGAAUACACCUGCAGGCAUACCAGACAAGUCAAAGCUUAGCACUCAUGAUGCUAAACCAGUUCAGAAGCAACAUGUGACGAGUAGGGUUGACCACUCGUCAAGAACUUAUCAGAAUCACAGUAAUUCUUAUGCGCAGUCUGGUACAACAAAGCAUUACCAACCUCAGCCUUCAGUCCAAGAUGGCUUAAAUGAGAAUGGUAUGGAGGCGGGUGAAUUUGUGAGGGAACCUUCCGCUGGUUCUGGUGUUCUUGUUGGUGGUGUCGAUGAUGACUCUGAACAGUCAUUCAAGGGGAACCGUAGCAGCUACCACCAUCAUACUUCACAUGGUGGCUAUGCACCAGAAAGGUCAUACAGAAGUUCAGCUGAGAGAUUGUCAUCAGACAAAAGGAUCUCGGAGCAAGAACCUAUGCCUGCUGUGAUUGCUGGCAGUUCAGAUUUGCGCCACAGGUUACUGAAGCAAAGAAGGCUCAAUAAUAAUUUAGGAUCAACUGGGGCCCCUGAUAUGAAUGACUCGUGUCUUGAGGGUGAACGCAAUGACCAACGUCGCUGGAGAGGUGAAGAGCAUGAUGGCUCCCUCCCCCGAUCUCGAUUGCGUGAUAGAAUAAGACUGCCUGGAGCGACAUCCUUUGACAGACAUGGAUCACGCUCAGAGAAGGAGUGGGAUAGAGCGCCUAGAGGCAGGCUGUCACCACCGGAACAUUCGGAUCUUCGAGGGAAGCUUCAUGAAAGGCUAAAGGUCAGAUCAGCUGAGGAGAUACCGGUUAAUAGUGUUAAGAGCUCGGUGGUGAAGGCAAGUAGUGGUGAGGAUGCUGAAUCAUUGAACUUUGCUGGUCCAAAGAGCCUUGCCGAGUUGAAAGCAAAGAAGGGUGGUGCCAGCUCAUCACAGGGAGAGGCCAUCGUCAAGGGUGUGGGCUUAUCUCGUGUGACUUCAGGAAUAAUUUCGAGCAGGGAGCCUGCUCCAUUUGAAGGUCCAAAGCCACUAAGUGCCAUACUGAAGAGAAAAAGAGAGGUGGCCAGUGAGGACGCUGCUGCCCAUUUUGGCAGCAUACAGGAAGAGGAUAAUGCUGCAGGAGUGGACGAAGAAUCCCAGAUCUUAGCGGAUGACACGGUUGAGGAGAACAUGGAGGGAAAUACAGCAGCAGAAGAAGAAGGGGAAGAGGAAGCCUUCCAUCCUGAAGAUGAUGUAGCGUAUGACGACAACGCCGAUGAAGCUACAGGUCAAGAGCUGGAGGAGCAUCAAGAUGUAGAGACAGCAGGGGAAGGGGAAGACUCUGACUACGAGGCGGCUGACACCAACGCUGCUGCAGGUCAAGAGCUGGAGGGGCAUCAGGAUGCAGAGGCAGUAACCGAAGACUAUGACUACGAGGCGGCUGACGCCAACGCCAACUCCAACGCCGCGGCAGGUCAAGAUCUUCAGGAUGUAGAGGCAGCAGCCGAAGACUAUGACUAUGAGGCGGCUGACGUCAAUGCCGAGGAGGAUAAUGAGUACCAUGAGUACCAGGAUGAUGAUGAUGAUUUGGAGGAUGACGACGAUGAUGAUUUUGCGCGGAAAGUGGGCGUGAUGAUCUCCUGAGUGGGGCAAGUUGUUGUUUGAGACCCAAGCAGCAAGAAGAAAGAGGUGUUAGCGGCGGGAGAUACUUUUAUUUCACUGCGCAGAAGACAUUUAUUAAGAUAGUUUGGGGAACGGAGAUAGAAGAAUGGAAGCGAAAAUCAGCUCAUGUAUCGGAGAGCACGCUUGCUUCUUGUAUAAACCAAACCAAGCAGCAGCAGUGACCGACCUGUGAACCUGUCUGUCUGUCUGUCUGUACUCGAGCAAAUGUUCCUGCAUUGCCGUGUUGUACUCCAUCUUGUAUUAUUAGUUGACACGAGACCUAACAGAUACAUCAUAUACUCUACUUGUAUUUGUUCUUUUGUGCUGAAGAUGGAAAAAGAUUACUGGUACAACAUUCAUGGCA